UACACCACCCACUAGGCGCUGGUUGCUUCUGUCUUCUAUUAACAAGACAUGUAUCAAAGUUAUGAGAGCCCAGUACCGUUGGUGGCGAGCCCCGCUCUGAAAGAAGAUGAUAGAAGAGAAGACAGAGUGAUUUUGGAGAUAGGGCGCCAAGAGGACCGCUGGGAGGAGCAUACGUUCUUGCACAAGAAGUACGACAGAAGCAUUUCGCAUCGCUCCUACGUUCUAGAAGGAUAUGCAGAACCACGGCGAGUGCAGUACUUUAAGUCACAAAAUCUUGAACCAUUAAAUGAUGACACAAGAUAUUUCGAGCACGACGAGUACCAGGAUCUCAGAACAAUGCAGGAGUCCAACAAUUCUAGGUCGCCGAUAGAAUACCUGCAAGAGCGAGAUGCAAACAAGUUUGGCGACGAAGAGGACGGAGCAUCAGAUUGGAAAGAGAGGGCAUUACAACUUGAAAAAGAAUAUAAAAGAUCUGCGUGCGACAGAGAGAGGACUCGGAUGCGAGACAUGAAUAGAGCGUUCGACUUGCUUCGAUCUAAGCUCCCAGUAACAAAACCGACUAAAAAGAAAUAUUCCAAAAUUGAGUGUUUGAGAAUAGCGAUAUGCUACAUAAGACAUCUGGAGUACAUGCUGGCCAGCGGGAGUGAUGAGGAACCCGUAUUCCAGGAGCUACACUCGCCUGACACCAGGAGACGGUCACCCAGAUACUAGUCAAUAUUUCUACUAAACUGGACAUUGUUUUAAAUUCUGAUAACUGAUUAUUCUAAUUAGGGUUGCAUAAUUUAUGCGGUAUAUUGAAUAUAGAAAUAUCUAAGUGACAUGGGGUAAUUUAGAUAUAUAAUAUUUUCGUGCAUUCUAUAUAUUAUAUAGAUUUAUUUAUUAAUAUAAAUUACUAGCCGUUCCCGCCCGCUUUCGCUGGGCGAAUUUUAGAAGAGAUAAAUUAAAUUUUAUUCAUAA